AUGCGGUGGAUUUUUUUGUUACUUGCCGUACUGAGUGUGUUGAAGCCGACAGAUGCAACUCCCGAUCCUCUGGAGCAUGCCAUGGGACUGAACUACAAGGUUGCCUUUUCUCAGAAGCCCCCACCGCGGGGGCUUAGCAAGGAACAAUAUUACUCAAUGCGUCUUAGAAAUGGAUCUUUUUUUGUGUGUGUCUUGCCGGAGGUGCUAUUAGAGCAGCGGAGCUCCGCGGCACUUUUUGAAGCAAACAGUGAAGUUCCAGUGAAAUUUAUUGAGCGCAUUCAUGAACGGUUUAAAAAAGUAUGUAUUAAUUUACUUGAGGGGUGGUGGACGUAUCGGCUCUGUUGGAAUGAUGCGAUAGUGCAAGUGCACUUGCCGACAGUGAUUUUAAGCGAUGGGGUAUUGUUGACAACAGAGCCGCAGGGGCCACAGACACAAUUCCUUCUUGGAACAUCUCCAUCGAAGGAUGAUUUAAACUUUCGUUACGGUGUGGAUGCCCUUGGAAAUCGUUACAUCUUCACAAAAUAUCCAAACGGCGAAGUCUGCGACCUCACAAAUGCACCAAGAGAAACGGAAGUUCGCCUGUAUUGUGCACGUGAUAAUGAGGAGGAAAAGAUGACAUUACGCGAGGUGGAGGUUUGUCGUUAUGUGGUGAGUUUGACCUCGAGACAUGCCUGCAUUCAGGAACUGCAGCAAGAAGUAACGCAGAGAACAAUUACAUGCCACGAACUUGUCUAA